CACGCGUGACUUGCCAACUGUCAAUAUCGUUCGGGUUCUCUUGUCGCAGUUUGAUGGUGAUUUGUUUUAUCUCUUUGUUGGUUUUUUAACACUCAGUGGUUUUGAGGAUGCUGAAUUGGAUACGUUUCAUUUGUUAAGGUUAAAACGGCAUGCUUUACGCAAGAUGACAAACCGGAAGAAAUCUGUGAUAUUCAACCUCCUAAUACUGAUCGCAGCGUCGUCGGCGUCGGAAUGCGACAACGCCCGAUCGACGGGUGUUCUGGACGAACAAUUGAAAAAAUAUGUGGACGGAGUGUUGAGUGUAGAUAACUACGACAUAGUGCCGGGAGUGUAUAUAGAGAGGAGCAGGAAUUUGACUGUCGAAAACGGUAGUUUAGGGGACGUGGGUUGCGGGAGGGGUGCGUUCGAUAUACAGAACUACGUGUACAGGAAAUUGGACCAAUAUUCCCAGACGCAUGUUCUGGCCGUCAAUAUUCCUGCCACCGCCAGAUUUUUUAAAGUCGAGACGGGAAAGAGUUCGUUCCUGGCCGGCUUCGGGAUGGGUUUCCUGGCGUUCGCCCUCAAAAAGCUGCUGCUGCCCGUCUUCAUCGGGGCCCAGCUGAUCAAGUCCGUCCUCAUCGCCAUGUUCCUGCCCUCCAUCCUGGGCAGCCUGGGCAAACUGGUCGGCAAGGGGCUGUCGACGUUCUCCGGCGUCUCCGGCGCCUCGACCGGAAUCAACAACAAUAACCACGUGGAGGAUUUCGAGUUUAAGGACACGGGAGCCUACAACAACGAGGACAAUGUGGAGUUCCAUGACGACGGUCUGGUUAAUGCUGAGUCUUCCACUGUUGCUGCGAACAGCAGGUUUGGCAUGGGAGGAAGUAGGGUGUCGUACGUGUCCCCCCACAACAGCGUCAACGAGAACUACUACAUCAGGAAGCCGUCGUCGAAGAAGACCGACUACAAGGUCUUCCACAAGAUACCGUCCUCCUCCUUGCUACUGACAAGCUACGACCCGUUCUACAGUCCGCUGUUGUCGCGUCUCGACGCCGUCUUCCAACAGCUGGGCCUGGCCAACGACAAGUCGCUUCCGGAAACGGAGAGGUGCAGGGAACGGUUGAUUUGCAUGAUGUACGCCAAUCCUGCCAAGUAUGCGCCGUACAGUAAUUUGGUCUCUGCACAGUUAAGUCGCGAGCUGAACGAGCUGCGAAAGCCGUCGUCGGACAACCCGGACAUCCUGCGGUUCUUCAAGUACAUGAAGGCGGCGAAGGACGGACAGGACGGCGAGGAGUGUCUGGCCCACGGCGGCUGUCCCAAUUUGAGCGCGAACGCACCUAGUCCAGCGAUGCUGACCACCUUCAACGACAUCAACAAGCUCGUCCAGGCGAGGAAGCUGCAAUGAACUACCGAUCGUUUCGGGGGUGAUUGGCUGUGAUAUGCCAUAAAUGAUAAAUUAACUUUCUGUUGAUACAGUUGCAUCGUCAAGAAAAAGUGGAUGAUUAAAUAAGUUUAGGGCAAUUGUAUGUUUGUUCUAGUCUCAAUUCAUACAGAACUGGCUAAGAAGUGUUAAUUUACUCAAAUUGUCUCA